AAAACAAAUUAGCUUUGGAGAAGUAGCAUAGCAUGGACAGGCAGCUACAAGAAGAAAAAAUAAGGAGGAGAAGGCAAAGUAAGAUUAGAUUUAUUGAAAUCUACGCUUCUUCUAUCACCCAGUCUCUCCUUGUUUCUUUUCUAUCCAUACCAAUCCCUCUUCCACGAUCUUGUUGCUUCUUAGCUACUGCUUCACCUGUAAAACGCGACCAAAACAAACACAAAUCAAUCUCAUCUCUCUCUUCUCCUCUGCGUUUUAUAUUUAUAUAUAUUUAGGGAGGAGUAGGGAGGCGAUCACGAGUUUUCUUCGUUUCAGUUCUGAGAAGAACUCGUGAUUUCUUCUACGCUUUCUGUUUCGCCCGAUCUAUCUCUCUCUCCGCCUAUCUUACUUUUCAUGUUUGGCGUUCCUUUGACCUCCUUGUAAGCAGACACUCUCUCCCUUGAUACAUUUAGAUUCGUAUUUCUAGUCAUUAAUUUGAUCUGGAGUUGUAAACACAAUGGGAAUCCUUGCACUCAGUGCUGGUAGUAGAAAACCAAAUGAGACCAUGAGGAUACUCUUAACUACAUUUUUUGGAGUAGUUUUUGGCUUUUUGAUAGGAGUAUCUUUUCCGACCUUGUCAUUGACUAAGUCAAAUAAGUCAUCGGGCUUCUUUCCUGUCAUUGAUUUGGCAUACAGCGAGAACAAACCAGGAUCUAAAACCGUUUUGAGCCCUUGGUCUUCUAUGAAGGGCAACAAUAGUAGCUCAAUGCAAGCACCAAAUUCAAAAGAUAAAUCCAAGAUUUGGGUCCCUUCAAAUCCCCGUGGUGCAGAAAGACUACCACCAGGAUUUGUUGUUGCUGAGUCAGACUACUAUUUACGAAGAUUGUGGGGUGAUCCCAAAGAGGAUUUGACCAGGGCACCAAGAUAUCUUGUAACCUUCACUGUUGGCUACGAUCAGAGAAAGAAUAUUGAUGCAUGUGUUAAAAAGUUUUCAGAGAACUUUACUAUCCUUCUAUUCCAUUAUGACGGGCGAGUUUCUGAAUGGGAUGAAUUUGAGUGGUCGAAGAGUGCCAUUCAUGUGAGUGCCCGGAAACAGACUAAAUGGUGGUAUGCUAAGAGGUUUUUACAUCCUGAUAUUGUGGCACCGUAUGACUACAUAUUUAUCUGGGAUGAAGACCUGGGAGUAGAGCAUUUCAAUGCAGAAGAAUAUAUAAAACUAGUGAAGAAGCAUGGCUUGGAGAUUUCACAGCCUGGCCUGGAACCUAACAAAGGGUUAACAUGGCAGAUGACAAAGAGAAGAGGUGAUAGUGAAGUUCACAAGAUAACAGAUGAGAAACCAGGCUGGUGCACUGACCCACAUCUACCACCUUGUGCAGCGUUUGUUGAAAUCAUGGCUCCAGUGUUUUCACGAGAUGCUUGGCGCUGUGUGUGGCAUAUGAUUCAGAAUGACUUGGUCCAUGGUUGGGGUCUUGAUUUUGCUCUUAGAAAAUGUAUAGAGCCUGCCCAUGAGAAGAUAGGAGUUGUAGAUUCUCAGUGGAUUGUUCAUCAAACUAUUCCCUCUCUUGGGAACCAGGGCGAGUCACAAAAUGGGAAGAAACCGUGGCAAGGGGUAAAGGAGAGGUGCAGGAAGGAGUGGACUAUGUUUCAGAACCGGCUGGCCAGCGCAGAAAGGACAUAUUUUAGGACAGCGGGGCUUGAUCCUCCCAAUUCUAAUGGUCACUAGAAGCUCAUAACGACUACACUGAUUAGGUUUGAUAUAAAUCUGUACAAUUUAUCAUUGUAUGACAGUUAUUUAUUAGCGAAUCACAGUUAUUUAAAUCUGUAGAAUUUAAAUACAUUUUAAAACACUUGUAUUGUGCAGGGGAUUCCUUUUCCCCCCCUAAAUUUUCUUCUCCGUCUAGGUCUAGGGCCUUUUUGGUGUCAAUCAAUGUGUAGGACCUUUGCUUUGAAUAAAUUAGACAUCUAGUCCUGCACCAAGAUAAA